GCAACAACAGACGGUUUUCGAGUUCCUCCAAACCGCUAUCAUCCGUGACAGACGGAUUCAUACUCGCAGGCAGACACUCAGUGAGUGUAUCGCUGAUCGAUCAUCGAGACGGCGGGAACCGCUUCGUGGCCAUGUCGUCCGGAGUCGAGGGAGACGUAGCCAAAAUGGAGUUGGGCGACGAGCAAUUGGUGACUCCCUGGAACGUGGUUGCCAAUUCGAACACCGGUAUCGAUUACGACAAACUCAUCGUUCAAUUCGGAUCGCAGAAGAUCGGAACGGAGCUCAUCGAUCGCUUCGAAAAGCUUACGGGACGGAAGGCGCAUCACUUCAUCAGACGUGGGAUCUUUUUCUCGCACCGGGAGUUCGAGAAAAUUUUGGACAGAUACGAACAGAAGAAGCCAUUCUACUUGUAUACCGGACGAGGUCCAAGCAGCGAUGCGCUCCACGUCGGUCACUUGAUCCCAUUCAUUUUCACCAAGUGGCUGCAGGAAGUAUUCAACGUACCAUUGGUUAUCCAACUUACGGAUGACGAAAAGUUCCUAUGGAAAGAUCUUACGGUCGAGAAGACGUUGGCGAUGGCCAAAGAAAAUAUCAAGGACAUCAUCGCUUGCGGGUUCGACCCCGACAAGACAUUCAUUUUCUCCGACUUCCAAUUCCUAGGGCAAUGCCCGGAGUUCUAUCGAAACGUUGCUCGGAUUCAGCGGCAAGUAACCUUCAAUCAAGUCAAAGGGAUCUUUGGUUUUGGUGGUUCCGACUGUAUCGGGAAAAUAGCGUUCCCAGCCAUUCAAGCCGCACCCGCUCUUUCGAAUUCGUUCCCCUUCAUCUUCGGCGAACAGAAGGAUGUGGCCUGCUUGAUUCCCUGUGGAAUCGAUCAAGAUCCUUUCUUCCGAAUGACGCGAGAUGUAGCUCCGAAGUUAGGCCACCCGAAACCUUGCCUGCUGCAUUCGGUCUUCUUCCCGGCGCUACAGGGGAUUCAGACAAAGAUGUCGGCCUCCGAUCCGAACUCGUCUAUAUUCCUCACUGACACCGAUAAGCAAAUCAAGAGUAAAGUCAACAAAUAUGCCUUCUCUGGGGGAGGUGCCACCGUGGAGGAGCAUAAGGAGAAAGGAGGAAACUGUGAUGUGGACGUUAGUUUUCAGUACUUACGAUUCUUUUUGGAGGAUGACGACGCUCUCGAAAAGAUCCGAAAGGAUUAUACAUCGGGAGAGCUGCUCACGGGAUACCUCAAGAAGGAUCUCAUCGAACUUCUCCAAAAAAUGGUCAAAACCCACCAGACUGCCCGGGCGACGGUGACGGACGAGGUCAUAGCAAAGUUCACUUCGCCUCGAUCUCUCAAGUUCUGAACCUGCCCUGCUAAUUUAAAUAAACUUGAACAACCAAAUCUCUAACAAUGAUGGUUGAUGACUG